GAAGCUUUUACUUUAAUGAUAAUGGCGAGCACGCGCGAGGUCGUCGGCGGGCAGCUCAACCUCGUCAAGAACAUGGCGUCCGCCGCCACGGCGACGGCCAAGCCAGGCCUCGCCGCGGGGUACGGCUUCGUCAAGGGCCACGCAUCGGCUGCGGCCUCCGCCGUAGAGGCGGCGGCCAAGCCGGGCCUCGCCGCGGGGUACGGCUUCGUGAAGGGCCAGGCGGAGGCGGCGGCGGCCGACGGCGCCGUCGGCGUGGGGAAGGCGGGCCUGGCCAUCGGGGGCGUGGCCGUGGCGGCCUACUUCCUCUGGCCCACCGCCACCGGCGCCACCAUGAACGCGCCAGGCGCCGCCGGCUACGUCAUCUCCCGCGCGGCGUUCCUGGCCAACCCGAAGCUCUACUUCCACCUGCUGCGCACCAAGGGCGCCGUGGCUGCCGCCGCCGUUUUCGCCUAAUUAAACAACAAGACCAAUACAGGUUUUGGAGAGUAAAGGAUGAGCCGUCUCCUAGUACUCGAUCACCUGCCUACUUAGGGCCCCUUUGAAUCAUAGAAAUAAAAAAACAGAGAAAUAAAAAAAAUAUAGGAUUCUGAUA